AUGAUCCCGGUUUUUCUGUCCCUUCUCUUCAACUCAGUGCAAACCGUUAACAUGAGUCCUGUAGUAGAACCUGCUCAGUAUCCCAAGCUUAUGGAUAUCUUUAAAAACAUCCCACAACUACAAGCUGACAAAGAGCCAAAGCGAUAUGAUGACAUUGCUAUGCCAAAAAUCUUUAAGAGGAAUGCAGACCCGUGCACCAUCGUAGGCUGCAAGUGGUUCAAAUCUGGAGAGCAUGUCUACAUACCGUACUACAUCGACACUAAUUACUCGCCGGAAGAACGACAUCAAAUCCUUGCAGUUCUUCAACGAUUCAACAAGGCCACCUGCAUCCGUUUUGUACCGUUUAAAUUGCAGAAUUCUGAUUACCUAUAUUUCUAUACUCGACCUAAUGAAGGGUGUUGGUCCUACAUUGGCCGCCAGGGAGGAGGGCAGUUCAUCUCUCUGGAGAGAAAUAAAUGUCUGCGAACCUCUACGGUGAGCCACGAGGUCCUUCACGCUCUGGGCUUCAACCAUGAGCAGGUCCGCAUCGACAGAGACGAAUACAUCCGCGUUUUAUUCCAGAACAUCAAACCAGAGCAAAGGUUUAACUUUUGGAAGGUACGAACCAACAACAUGGGAUCUCCUUACGACUACAACUCUGUCAUGCAUUACAAGAAGUAUGCUUUUUCUAAAAACGGGCAGCCAACCAUCGCUGCCAGGUCUCAUCAAAUCCACAGCUUUGGAAACUCAUACGGAAUGAGCAACACUGACAUCGACCGAGUCAACAAACUUUAUAACUGCAGGAAAAACUAAAGCAUA